AUGAAGGCGGCGAGUGUGCCACAUGCCGCGGGUGCUGAGGUGGUGGGGACGUGUGGAAUGGCGAAUGUGGAGUUUGUGAAGGAGUUGGGAGCUGAUACAAUGGUUGAUUAUGCCCAGAUUGGAAUGAAGGAAUGGAUUGAUGGGAAAGAGGAGCGGAAGUUCGACGUGGUUCUGGAUUGCGUUGGUGGCCAGAUACUCACUGAUGCGUGGACGUGUGAGAGAGAAGACAGCUUUCUCAUCAGUGUUGCGGAGCCGCCGGAGGGCGACAAGCUCGAAGAGGGCGUUUCGGCUGGAGUGAGGCAUGCUUUCUUCAUUGUUGAUCCUCAUGGAAGUCAGCUAGCGCUGAUAACGAAGUUGAUUGAGGCAGAAAGAUGCAAAGGGAUUGUGGAUGGCGUAUGA